UUCUCGCCUCCUAGAAUGGAAUGGCCGAUGAUUCUGACCCUACUUUUUUGCUUGCCGAAGCGACUGGUUCUACUAUUGGUAGUACUGCUCUAUAAGAAAAGGCUGCUGAGGUUGUUCACGAGGCAUCCAAAGGAAUAUGCAGUGCAGGGUUCUUCUUCAGUUCUUUCGUCACAAGCAGUUCUCAAGCAUUUGACAUCUGAUCCAAAGGCAUUCUCUUCAUUUAUCCUGGGAAAUUUUUCGAGUUCGCAUCAUGAAUCUUUGAAAGCCCAGAAAGCAAUUAAUGAGCUCUUUGUAAAAUGCAACAACCACUUUUCUGGAGUAUCUAGAAGCUUUUUCAGGAUGUCAGAUAAUCACACUAGUGGACCAGAUUUCUCAAAUUUGGUUUCUCAGAUUGGCUCUCUGAGUUUUGAUUCUACUGGCUUGCAUUGGCGGUAUAAUUUGAUGGUGAACAGAGUCUUGCUUCUGUUGGCUUUGGCCUCUAGAAACCACCCAAGCUUAUCAUCUAAAAUCCUGCGCAAAACUGCUGGACACUUUCUAAAGAGUUUGAAAAGUCAUCUUCCUCAAACAAGAAUACUGGCAAUUUCGGCUCUUAAUACACUGUUAAAGGAAUCGCCUUAUAAGCUGUCUGCUGGUGAGAAAUCUGUUGUUUCUAACGAUUUGCAAGGCAAUGCCACGUCGUCUCUAGAAGGAGCUUUAACCCAACUUCUCAGGAAGAGGGGUUUUUCAGUGAGACAUCAAAUAGUCUUUCUCAUGUUCAUAUGAUAAGUAAUAGUGAAAUGUCGUUUCCAAGAGAAGGUCCUGGUGAUUCCAGUUUCCAAAGCCUAGCUAACAAAGCCAUAACCCCAUUCUACUUUGAAUUUUCAUCUUCUUGGCCACGUACUCCCAGUGAUAUCUUUAUACAUCAUGAUAGCUUUUACCCAAAUUUUGCACGCAUUUUUAAGCGGCUAGUACAAGAAUGUGGCAUGCCUGUUAUAUUGGCUCUUAAGGUGCAUUAGGUGAGUUUACAAGUGCCAAGGAGAGGUCUAAACAGUGUGUAGCUACUGAAGCACUGGCAGGCAUGUUACACUCCGAUAUUGAUGGUCUAUCAGGAGAAUGGGAUAGCUAGCUUAUGCCCCAGUUAAAGAAUAUAAUUGUAGCACAAUCUGUCGAAUCACUUCCUGAGUGGGCCUCUUGCAUACGCUUUUAGGCAGGUGAAUUCUAUGGAUAUGAAUCAUGAAAAUGGACAUCCGGGUGGUGGAUGAUAUAUGGAUGGAAAUGGUAC